AUGUAUGAUGAAGCUGUUAAACAAGUUCAGGGCGAGCUAAGAGAAACACCACAUGUAUCGCUCACAACAGAUCUAUGGACUUCAAGGCAAACUAGGGGCUUUAUCACCGUGACUGCUCAUUACAUUAACUCAGAGUGGAAUUUAAAAUCAGCUGUAUUAGAAACGGCUCGUUUGAAAGUUGAUCACACAGCAGAAAAUAUUGCUGAUGAACUAAAACGCAUUUGCACUCUAUGGGAAAUUCUUGAUAAAGAAUGUUGCAUUACUGAUAAUGCAGCAAAUAUUGUGGCAGCAGUCACAAAAUACAUGAAAAUAAAACAACAGCCAUGUUUUGCGCAUACACUGAAUCUCGUUGUGCAAGAUUCAAUAAAAAACACAAAUGAAAUAAAGCUGUCACAAGAAAAAAUUAAGCGCAUAGUGUCUUUUUUUCACCACAGCGUGAAGGCAACAGACAAACUAAGUGAAAUUCAAAACCAAAAUGGAGUGGAAAAGAAAAAGUUAAUAAUGGAUGUUGACACCAGGUGGAACUCGACGUUUUAUAUGAUGGAAAGAUUUCUCGAACAGCAUGAAGCCAUUACCACCACUUUGUGUUUGUUAGGGAAAGGCAACAUGUGCCUUAGUAGUGAGGAACUGGAAGUUGUAAAAGGUGCAGUGUUGCUACUGGGACCGUUUGAAGAGGCAACGAGAGAAAUGUCCACAGAAAAUUUCACCUCCUUGUCAAAGGUUAUUCCAAUUACGAGGGCACUUCAGCAGUGCAUAAACUCAAAUGCUCACAUGAGUGCAGGUUUUGGCACUGAACUGCAAAAACAGUUGCAAAAAAGAUUUGCAACAGUGGAAAAGGUGUUCCAGCUGGGAGCAGCAACGUUGCUAGACGUGAGGUUUAAAAAAGUGUCUUUUGUUGACAUGGGAAAUGUGAAGGUGACUGAAGAGAGAAUUAUGAAUUUAAUGCGCAGUGAAUAUUCUCAAGAGGAGAUAAACGAGUCUGUGCCAGUACCUCAUGUAUCCCAGUCGUCAGAGACAGAGAGCCACAUAAAUGAAGUGCAGGCUAAACGGGGAUCACUCUGGCAAUGCUUUGAUGCUAAAGUGGAAACAACUAUGAAGUCACAACGAUUGACAAGCAUAGGGCCUCACAUUGAAUUGAGGAGGUACCUCGAGGAACCAAUAAUUCCCCGGGAUGAGGACCCAUUGAAAUGGUGGAAAAUGGAUAGUGUACUUUUUCCAAAGUUGCAUGCCUUAGCUAAAAAGUUUCUAUGCAUUCCAGCUACUUCUGUACCUUCUGAAAGACUUUUUUUUCGAAAGCAGGAACUAAUUUCACACAGACGUAGUGCUUGA